AGCCCGUCCCCCUAGAAUACGAGAGAGGGAGAAUGACGCAGUCUCGUUCUUACAGAUUGGGUGAUGGUGGUGUUGAACGUAUACCCGCAAGUAAUUUCAGUGGUGGCAAUGGUAGCAGCAGCCAGAUGCCAUCUGUGGCAUCACGGUAUUUGAACAAUACCGAUACUGAUAAAUCGAGAUAUGUUCAUUUCCGGGGCGAACUUGCUACGGAGAAAAAAUACGGUGGCUUGCCCGAUCGAGAAUCUCACUCUUUUGAAAAGAAAAACGAUACCAAAACAGAAGGAAGAGAAAUAUACAAAUUCAAGAAAGAAGACGACCUUCUUUCUCCACGAGGCUAUUUGAAGGGAGAUUCCGACUAUAUGGUUUCAUCAUCAUCAUCUCAGCCUAAGGAUUAUGUUUCGUAUUCAUCACGGAUUUUGAGGGAGGGGUUUAAAAGUUACUCCGGCAGUAGAGAACUCAAUACGCCAUCUGAUGUGAUUCGAGGAGGGAGUGGAUUGGCUUCUCAGCCUAUUGGUUUCGAUAGAUACAGUGAAGAGAAGCAAAACAUGUUCCCAAGGAGUAACUCAAGAUUAUGUAUUGGGUUGCCUGAGGAGAAGCAAAGAGACGAGCUGUAUGCUGGAUUUGGUCGAAGCAAAAUAAGGGGUAUGAGUACAAGGAUCAAUGAUGUUGAAAACGAAUACAAAGACGAGUUUGUUUAUCCUUCACCUUAUAGCUUCUCUCCUACCGAGUACUUGCAGCCAACAUCUGAUAAAUUUGAUGCGAGCGGAUCAGUACGUGUUAAAAGGCAAGAUCUAGAUAUGUUGGGUAAUGAGAGCUCUCACCUCAAUUAUGGAACUGAAGAAUAUUGUGGAUAUGGAAGUGAUAGAACUGAGGCGGAUCGUUUUGAAAGAUCGGAUAUCUUACAGCCGAAAGCAUACGACCCCUCGUUUGGCAGACUUUAUGAGAGCUUCGUUGAACCCUCUGAGAAGAGGCUGAGACACAAACAUGUGAGGGAUGAGCUAUUGUCUGAGCACGAUGCCGGGAUCAGAAUAUCUACUGACAGGAAUGGUGCUAGGAAGAUUUACAACCACCAAGUAAAUGCAGGAGAUGAAAUUGAUCUUGUAAAUUUGUCGAAGAAGAAGCCCAAAUAUAGCGAAUCUAAGUACGAGGAAAAUGACCGGCCAGCCUCUUCAAAACGGCGUUCGGUCAAAACCCGUUUAUCUGAUUCUAGAGACGUGAAGGAUCGAUUGGGACCACUUCCUCAGAAGCUGCACGUUUUGCAGCGUUUGGUGAGAAAAAAUAAGCCUUCCAUAAAGAAGCGUUUGGCACCUGCUCCAACAAAUAAACGUUCUCUUCCAUGGGUGAAAAAUCGGACUAGUGACAGAAUUACGACAACCCAAGAUGAUUCGGAUGUAAUUCCUCACGAUCUUGGUGGGGCCCACUUGGAAGACGAUCUUCCUCGUGCGAAGCCUGAACCUUCGGAGAAGUCUCGGGACUUCAAGCAGCUGGUGAAAAGCGCGUGUUUCAAAUUUCUGAAACAGAUGAAUGAGACGCUGACGAGAAGAAAGAUGUACACGGAGCGAGGAGAAGCUGGUAGUUUAAAGUGCAUUGUAUGCGGCAGCGACUCGGACGAGUUUGUAGAGACAGAAAGCUUGGCAAUGCACGCGUUUACGUCGAAAAAGGCUGGCCUUAGAUCUCAGCAUUUAGGGUUUCACAAAGCACUUUGUGUGCUGAUGGACUGGAAGGCUCCGGAAGAUUCGAGCAGCGAGUGGCACUGUGAGCCCAUUUCCAGUGCCGAGAGUUCAGCUUUGAAACAAGACAUCAUUAUUUGGCCCCCACUCGUGAUUUUUCAUAACACUACCGAUGAAGGGGUUGUUCUAUCCACUGACAACCUGCAUAUGAAACUCACAGAGAUGGGAUUCCAAAGCAUUCUUAAAGUAUGCAAUGGAGAACCUGCAAAUCAAAGUACGAUGGUGGUGAAGUUCAACGCUACACUUUCUGGAUUACUAGAAGCAGAGAGAUUGCACAGAAACUAUGUUCAAUCGUCGGAGAGAGAAAAGGAAGAUCUUUUGUACGGUCAUCUGGGAAUUGCGGAGGAUCUCGAUAAACUCGACUCCGACACCAAGAAACGGUGCCUUUUGAAGAGCAAAAACGAGAUUCUCACCAUUGUGGAGAAUUGUUAAUGCUAGGUGAAAUAUAAUUUGUUUGGUUGGAUGUAAAAUGCUAGGUUGAAAUACCAAAUUACUUUACAUUAGUAGCAUUUUAUUUCCAACCAAACAAAUGAACUAUUUUUACCUCGUACUUUGUCCACUAAUUGUUUUUCUUGAUAUUAUCAUAUUCUUGCUGUUUUGGAUUUUGAAGACUGGAAUUUUGUAAUUUCUUUUUGUUCACGGAAAAAUUGGAGAAAUCGGAAUGAAAUACAUUGAUCAGAAUCGGUGGAAUUCGAAGAUUCCGUUUUGAUU